AUGAUUAUCACUAGAUGUAAUUUAGAAAAUAAUAUUCGUAAAAAAGUAUUUAUAAAAGAAGGAAACUGUUUAAACUGUCCUCUUUUAUCUUCACUUAUAUUAAAACAUACAUCAUUAGAAUAUUGUAAAAUUGUUGAUUUGCAACAGAGAAAUUCACCAAACAUUGAACAUUGUGACAAUAAUAACUCCGAGAUGAUUGAUCCGAAUGGAAUUAUUCAAAAUAUCAGUUGUAUACCGACUACUACUCAUCCAAUUGAUGAUAAGGAAACACAGAUUGUCGAUAAUCUUGAUCAAAAUGCAAAUGAGGAUGUUAGUAAGAAUGAUGUUAAUGAUAAUACUGAUAAUAAUAAUAAUAAUAAUAAUAAUAAUAAUAAUAAUAAGACUGAUACUGAUGAAUCUACUGAUCCCAAAGCUACUACUAACACUACUACUACUGUUACUACAACCUCUAUUAAUGAUAAUAAUGGUAAUGAUAUUAAUAAUACUGAAAAUAAUGAAAACGAAGAACCAAUUCUCAAUGAUGCCAAAAAUUCUCAAUCUCCAUAUAUAAAAAUUUUAUUUAUAGGUCAAUUAUGUGGUAAUAAUUCCACAUUAUCACCAUCCUCACUGUCACCUCCAUCAUCCACAUCCUCGUCUACAUUAUCGAUGCCAUCGACUACAAUAACACUAUCAACAAACAGCCAACAUACAACAUUAUCAACAUCAUUAUGUGAAAUAGCCAUUCAGUAA